AUAUACACAGAGAACAUGAAACAAUGGGUGUUACCAUACACCCUGUAACGAGAGUGAUCAGGAAAGUUCUUCUCAACCGCUGGAGACGCUCCCUGCGGCGGAAAGCCAAUGAGGGCCGUGCCGCGCCGCCAACCUGACGACAGCGGAAGCUCUGCACGAGGGGCUGGGCUGGGCUAAAGCCCUGUCCGGCUGCCUGGAGCGAGCUGGGCGCUUGUGUCCUGCCCGCCGAGCCAAGGCGCGGGGGCACCUAGAGCUGUCUCCCGGGCUGGCCGCUUCCGCAUGGGGCGGCUGCCGCUGAGCCUCGCCGGGGCCGGGUGAGGCGGCGCCCCCUGCUCGCUGGCUGCGGACGCUGCUGGGAGCCGAGCCCCGCCACCUGGAGCGGGGAUGUCCGCGCCGUGCUGCGCGGGCCAGUUGGCCUGUUGCUGUGGUACUGCUGCUUGCUCCCUGUGCUGCAAAUGCUGCCCCAAGAUAAAGCAAUCUACGAGCACCCGCUUCAUGUAUGCACUUUACUUCAUACUGGUAACGCUCAUCUGCUGUAUCAUGAUGUCAAGAACAGUAGCUACUGAAAUGAAAGAGCACAUUCCUUUUUAUGAGCACAUCUGCAAAGGUAUUCAAGCAGGUGAAACGUGUGAGAAGCUAGUGGGAUACUCUGCGGUUUAUAGGGUCUCUUUUGGAAUGGCAUCUUUCUUCUUUAUCUUCUUCUUACUUACCAUCAAAAUUAACAACAGCAAAAGCUGCCGAGCAUAUAUUCACAAUGGGUUCUGGUUCAUUAAGCUUCUAGUUUUGGCAGCCAUGUGCUCAGGAGCUUUUUUCAUUCCAGAUCAAGACACCUUCCUUAAUGCCUGGCGCUAUGUAGGUGCAGCGGGAGGAUUCCUUUUUAUACUUAUUCAGCUUAUCCUGCUUGUGGAGUUUGCACACAAAUGGAAUAAAAACUGGACUGCGGGCACAACACAUAAUAAACUGUGGUAUGGCUUACUAGCUCUGGGCACUCUCGUCUUGUACUCCGUUGCUGUGGGAGCCGUGAUUUUGAUGGCUGUCUUUUACACGCGCUCCGAGGGCUGCACAUACAACAAGAUCCUGCUUGGUGUAAAUGGUGGCCUGUGCAUUCUUAUUUCAUUGGUAGCUAUCUCACCCUGUGUCCAAAGUCGCCAGCCACACUCUGGUUUGUUGCAGUCAGGAGUUAUCAGCUGCUAUGUCAUGUAUCUCACCUUCUCAUCUCUGUCAAGCAAACCACCAGAAACUAUCCUGGAUGAGAACCAUAAGAACAUUACAAUCUGCGUACCUGAUUUUAGCCAGGGUUUGCCCAGAGAUGAGAACCUGGUUACUGGAUUGGGCACUACUCUUCUGUUUUGUUGCAUUUUAUAUUCUUGUUUGACCUCAACAACUCGUGCAAGCUCUGAAGCACUGAGAGGAAUAUAUGCAACGCCUGAAACUGAAGUAGCUCGUUGCUGCUUUUGCUGUGCACCAGAUGGAGAUGCUGACGCCGAAGAGCAUGUUGAAGAAAGGGGCGGUCAGACUGUAAUAUAUGAUGAAAAGAGAGGCACAGUAUACAGCUAUGCCUACUUCCACUUUGUUUUCUUCUUGGCUUCUCUCUACGUGAUGAUGACAGUAACUCACUGGUUCCAUUAUGAAAGUGCUGAGAUUGAAAAAUUCUUCAGUGGAACCUGGUCCAUCUUCUGGAUUAAGAUGGCGUCAUGUUGGGUGUGUGUCCUACUCUACCUAUGGACUCUCAUAGCACCUCUCUGCUGUCCAACCCGACAAUUCUCAGUGUGAGACUUCACAAGUGCGAUCGUUACAAAUACUUCAGUCACUUUGUGCUGGAGAAAUAAGUCUAUCAAUCAGGUGUCUUAACAUGCUGGUUAGUUACCUCUUGUCAGAUGAAACAUAGAUCUGAAGACUUCCUCUUUUUUAACCAUUUUUUUUAACUGAACAAAAAUGUAACUCCAAGGAACAAAUCUACUGAAAGACAGUGUUGCAACACUGAUGCAGAAGGGUGGGGAAAAUAUGGGUGAUGAUACAUAAACUGGAAUAAAUAAAACUGUUGUAGAAUAACUGACCAUCUGACUUUAUUGGCAAGAAGAGCAAAGCCAAACAUAGUGCAAAGUGUAUCUUUCCCUCCUGUGGAAUGUCAGAUACCUUGUAACAAAAGGAAAUGUAUUUGUUUUUAUACUUUUCAUUACUGAUGCCAUUUACAGCAGUGGUGAUUCAAAUUCAAGCUAUCCUUUUAUACUUCAUACAAGUCUUGAUACCUGUCUCCAGAUAACUUUCUCCACAAAUGCACCUAAAGUACUACUUUAGUAGUAGAAAACGAGUAAAUGUUUGACUGGGGUGGGAGUUGGGCAAUGUAGCUUCUCAAAGGUUUCUAAAUAUAUUAAAUUACUCAAUAUAUAUAUUAAGUUAUUACAAAUAUGGAAUGAUAGAGAAACAUACCAAUGGCAAUAGAAAUAUUUAUUAUGUAAACUGAAAGGCACCUUUUAAGUACAAUUGAUCAUAUGGAGCGCUAGGAGACAUAUAUCUGAAAUAUUCAGAGAUACUAAAUAUUGUCAAAGGAAAUGCUGUUUUUGUCUCUUUUUUUAACUUCAAAUUUCUACAGAAGCUAAAUUGUAGUAUAAUUCAAAACAGACCCAAUUAUCAGCGAAAUGUGAAUGCUGCAUGUGUAGUAUAAACUAUCGUAAUGGAAUUCUGAGGGAUUUGUUUUGCAAGCAGUAACUGAGUGCAAACUGCCCAGUCUGUACAGGGAUAUUAUGCAUGGUACAUUCUUUAUUAAAGAAAAAUCACAAUGUGUGCCACACAAUCAAAGGAGAUUCUAAGCAAAUAUAGGGAAACAUUGCUCAACAUCUUUAACCUUAAAAAUGAGAGUGCUGAGCAUUAUUUUUGUCUAAAUAUUUACCCACAUUUAGAGGUUUCCCUCAGACUUUAACCUCAAAUUUUCACUACUGAUUUCCUAAUACUUUAACGUUGGGUUAUGGCCAGGAAAGGAACUAUGUAAAACGGCAUCACCUUACUCAAUAUGUCUGCAUCUUGGGUAUUUAGAGUUGUGCACUUUUUUGGGAAAAAUAUUUUUCUACUUCUUUACUCCAGCUCCCUAUAAUGGCACAGCAGUGCUAUGAGAGUGUGAGCAAAAUUCUAUUCUAGUGACACAUCAUUAACAGUUUGGCCAGUUAAAUUCCAUGUGGAGAAUCUUCCCAGCAAGUUAAACGAUUUUUUUUAAUAUGAAUGGAAUAAACGUGGUCAGGAGAUUACUGAGCCAAUAAACAUGGACCCUUCAUUGCCGUUAUUAGUUAGUUUUUUCCUGGUUAGAACUACUCUUUAUAUCAGUUAUUCAGUAGGUAAAUAAAAAGAAAACUAAUAUGAAUCCUUCUGAAUUCCAAUAGUUUUGAAACUAACCUAUUCAUACUAGUUUGUCAAAUUAAAAUAGAAAGAAAGAAAACUAUCCACUUUGAUAUGACUAUGCUGUCCGUGGAACUACAAAAAGUUAGUGAGCUUUACAUCUGUGCUGGCCAGAAGCUGGGAAUGGGUGAGAGGGAAUGGAUCACUUGGUGAUUACCUGUCUGUUCAUUCUCUCUGAAACACCUGGCACUGGCCACUGCUGGAAGAUCUGAUACUGGGCCACAUGGAUCUUUGGUCUGACCCAGUAUAGCCGUUCUUCUGUUCAUCUUUUAUUAUUUUUUUUUUUUAAACUUGGACCCUUUCUUUAGGAAUCAAAUACUUGUAGCUUAAUGUGUUAAAAGGAAAAAAACCCACAUGAUUCUGAUGUAAAUAGAUGGUCUAUGAACACAUUAUCAUGCCUUGAUUGUUCUAUAUUGCCAUAAUUAUGGGAGUUCUAUUACUGCCAUAUUACUUGGCACUUACUAUGAUAGAUUUGUUCGGUUAAUGCUAUCUCUCUAGUACUUUUAACAUGCAUAUCACUGGCAUCUGUACACUGAGGGGUAAGAUGGAGAAUUCUGGUUCCUGGCUUUAGCAGGAGUUAGAUGCAGUUUUUUAUAGCCAGGGUAUAGGUACCCUCUUUCGUCAGCUUAUUGUUUGACUUUCCUUUUCUCCCAGGUCUUUUCCCUAAACAACCCUUACAAAAACAAAACAUACCAUCCAGUGCUAGCUUCCAGUAUUGCAUUUUAACAACUCAGAAAAACCGUUUGCUUAAUGCUAAGAACGAUCAUUGAAAUAAAGAGCAGAAAUAAACCUUUCCCCAUUGCUACUGGGGGAAGGGAACGGGCGCUCCUAAAGACCUCUCAGGUUAAAGGUUUCUGGGCUUUCUCCUUGGAACCAGAAGGGCGGGAAGUGACUGUCUCAUUCUGGGGUCUGAGCUGAUCUGAUAUGGCUCUGUAAGGGUUGAAUUACUCCCAAACCCUGCACAUCCUCCUCCCUCAAGUAAACGCUGCAGAGUUCGUGAAGUCCUAUAAACUUAUGUUACUAACCCCAAUGUUCCCAGGGGCUUAGAUAUCCAUCAGAAUCCCCUCCAUGCUGAAAACUGAUGUGUGGGUUUCUUUGGUAUGGCCGUGAAUCUUUCCCCAUUUUCUCUCUCGCCCACACCCCAACACCACUUCAGUUUAAAUAAGUUUUGUUAUGUUACAAAGGUGAAUAAAUAGUUUUCUGGGUUUUGAUUGAUUAUGCUUCCAUUAUGAAGGCUCUGAUCCUGCACGGAGACCUCGCAACUGUUUAGAGUUCCAUUGAAAUCUGAAAUAAAGCAAGAGAGUAAGGACCAUCAGAUGACAACUAGGGGUCAUCUUGCCCAAAUUGUAAUCUUUACAGUGAGAAGAACAGGAAAAGCUGCAACUUUGGGCAAAUUGUAUAGAACAUUCAGAUACACUGUAAUUAUAAAAAAAAGAGAGAGAGAAUUAUUUUUUCAAAUGAGAAGAAAUUAUCGCUAGUGUUUAGCCAGUCGAGAGCUGAUAAACUGAAAUUCCAAAUUUUCUUCUGAUUUGUAUAAUUAUAGGUUUUUCAAACUGUUUUGAUUUGGUUUUAGGACUCUGAACUGCAAUCAAGGUACAGUCCAGAAAAUCUGAAAUUCCCUAAUGUUCAAAUAUCUGUAAGUGUAGUAUUGAGAUGUCAUAUACAUCCAUGGUAUGAAAAACAAGUGUAUUAAAAUACUAAUGUUUUUGUGACUAUAUUAUGGCUUAACUCCUUCAGGUAUCUUUUAAAACAUGUAUUGGCCAAGGCAUCCACUAAUAGCGAGACUAUGUAUAGGCAAUAUCUGUAUACAAAAAAAAAAUCCUUAUGUAUAUACUGCAUACUCAUUGUAGUUCAGUUUAUGCAGGGCAAUAGCUAUUUUGCACAGAGGAAAUGAUGGCCGCAUAAGGAAAGAAGAGGCAACAGUCAUUCCACACAGGCCCACCACACAGGCCCGUCUCACAAAGUACAUGUGCAUAGGGUUUGCAGAAUUUGAGUAGGAUGCAAAGGGAGCAGUGGAGGAUGACUCUACACUGCAUUAUCCCACUCCAGACUGACGUUGUGUGAGCCAUGCUACCAGAGGGAGAAGGCCCAGAGAGUAACUUGCAGGGGCUGUUCCUUUAUACAGAUGUCCAAGAUCCGUUUGGAUCACCGGACAUCUGUGCAGAUGGAAAGGUGUGCCUGUUUCCCCUGUCUGGAGAAGAUGACAUCACCUUGGGUCUCCUUGAGUGUAGGCCCAUGGAGUUUCCUCAAUCAAUGUAUUCCCGCCUGCAGGCCAGGGGAAUAUAUUAAGGGGCUUAGUGUAGUUUUUAAAAAAUUCUACUGUGAUCUUCCUGUUGACAGCUAUUUGUAUGGUUCCUAAAGUCACGUGUUAGGGUCUGUCACAAUUCAGGAUAUCCAGCUCAUUGAUCGUUAUCUGCUCAGGUGAACAUGCAUUUUUAAAAGUGCCUAUUAGACAUACCUCUGCCAUAAAUAAUAAUUCAGUUGAGACUCAAACUGGAAGAACUGAACUGAGCCUGUGAUUCAAUGGUGCUGCCUCAUACACCACCUCUGACCUUAAGAUGUGCUAAUACUUACUGUGCAUAUGAAAGACUCCUGGUUUUUUGAAUCGAUACUUGACAAAAUUCUGUGGUAGGACUCUGAUGCAGGCUACUGCUCUGUAGUAAUCAGGAAUAGGAGAUGCUAUGGAAAGACUUUUUAGAGGAUGGAAUGAGAAGCUUUUAGUGUCUAAUGCUUCAGUGUUCUGUAAAAUGCUUGCCACGAGUCAUGUAUUAGGACAGUAGCUAAAUAAGUAAGAGGAGAACUUUAUCUCCCCAUGCAUUUAUUGUGUAAGUUAGAUAGCCGCACCUGCUGGUAGACACCCAGUACUCUCUUUUGCCCUGCCAUGUGCCUUGUAUAUAUCUUUGUUCUUUUGACUUAUUGUGGAACUGAGGCUUAAAUGGGUUGUGUUAGUCUGCCUUUUAAAAUUUGCAAGAAUCUUGAAAGCUACCCACUUUCACAAAGAGCUGUUCCACCUCUGAGAAUGGGGAACCUAUUAUUGUUAAUAGGCAAAACCCAUUCUUCCUUUGUUCCUCCUUCCAGAAGUCCAUUCCAGUUUAAUUUGUAUUUAAAUUAAAAUGCUUGCUCAAGUUUUAUUUCAAGACGGCUUCUUGUAUUGGAGGAAACAUGGUUUUGCUUUGCAUUAAGUUUUGUGUUUUGUUGAGGUUUUCCUCUACUUCAAAAACUACAUUGGUUCUGAAUAAUUUUUUCUUCUUUCCUGUUGCACUUCUGCUUGAGCCUGGAGCAAACUCCCAUUCCUUUAUUUGUGUCAGCAAUGACCAUGAAAGCAAUUGUGAGAGCCCAAAUUCACUCCAAUUAGAAGUCAAGGUGACUUUGGAGAGAGCAAGCCUCCGAACCGAAAUAGCUGGGUUAGCAAACAAGGCCAAAAACACUUGUAAGGACCAAGUGAAAGGCAAAUGGACUUGUCUGUGCUCCAUUUUCCCACAGUGUGAUAGUUCCUCAAAGUAUUCAGGUUCCAUGAGCAGGCGGAUGCUGGGACAUGUAAAUGUAAAUUGUGCUUACAUUUGAAAGGAUCACAACAUUUUAUAUGCUAAGCUUUGAACUUUUUAAAUCACUUCAGACUUCAAUAAUUUCAAUUGAAAUUUGGAUUGGCUUUUUAAAAAUAUUAAGUCAAUUACUUACCCAUUUAAUUUUGUUAAAGCUUUACUGUGGUAGUCUGGAUUUUCAUGUAUACCCAUCAGGGAACUAAAACAGUGGAGAGUGAUUAAGAUGAAUCACUCUAGUUGCAAACACCUCCGGAGAGGUACCAACCCCUGGGGAUAUUUGCAUGCACUGGUUCAAACUGGGUUCCCGGAGACCAACAGGCACAGGGAUUUUGGCAUAAAAAGUCUUGAGUUUAAAUUGACACAGGGCCUUUCUGAUCCAGCAAACAGGACCUUCUGUCCAAAGAUGGCCCAACCCUUGCAGAAAGAUUGGAGAAAUCUUGGCUUAAUAGGACCCCCAUAAGACUACUGGUGACCUCUGGAAAAUUUUUAGCAUGCGUAUAGGAGUGUUUAUUAUUUUUUGUAUGUUUUCUCUGUAAUGCUUUUACCCUAAGAAUAAAUGUGCUUUGCUUUGUGAAGGAUGGUUGGUAACUGGUGCACACUGUUGUAGCACACUGUUGUAGAAAGGUUAACUGGUCAGACCUGCUGGGGAAAUCCCAGUGAAGUGCAGAGGGAAGAACUGCAAACCUAACCUCCCAGUCUGGAUGGAAAGAGACACUGUUGUCCAGGGAAGGUGACAGCUGGAAGUCUGAAACUUUAAGCUGGUGCCCUUGAGGAAGACUGGGGGUGGGGAAGAGCAUUUAACCCUGAAACUGUGAUGGAUCGCUCCGAUCAGGAAAGCAUUAGCACCAUCAUGCAAAAGUUUAGUCUCUGGAAAUAAAGUACUGCCAAUCGGGAUGUAAUUACCCUGCUUGUAACUUGGCUAGGACACCAGGGCUAUCAGCACAUGUUUCAAAAACUGACCUGGAAACUUUUAUCAGAUCAGUAACAAAACAAUCCACUGACUUUCCUAAUUAUUUCUAACACUCUAAGCUAUUCGGUUUUUCUCCAAAACAGGAUUGUAAAACGUUAUUGGGCGCCCUCAUAUGCAUCUUUCAUGUGGUAAACUAGAAAACUUAUCUGCAACUGAGGCUUGAUAGUACUUACAAUGUCCUCACUUUAAUCUUAAUUUUGGUCUCCAGAAAUAUUUGUGUCUUCCUCCAUUUGUAGGUCCUUGUUUUGUUAGCCUUCUCUCUCCUUGGUAUCUUAAGGAAAUAUAAGCAACUGAAAACUGGCCAGAUUCCUACUCCUAGUUGCUAAAAUUGGGAAAUGUUUUCAAUGAUAGUAAACAGCAGAGUUUCGUAAUUUGUACCUGAUGAUCUUUUUUCUUUGGGACUUGAAAGGGAAAUGGGGAUCAGUUCCAGUAUUCAAAACAGCAGACCCACCUACUUUUUGCCUCCAUGCUAAAGUUAUAUUUUUCCGAUCUCUGUAAAGCAAAAUCUAGCCCUUCCACUCCAGAACCUCCUGAAGGAGGAAAAUGCAUCAUGAAUGCAAUGGAAUUUUAUUCUCUUAAUAUUCUGGUUUUUAAAGGAUUGUGUAAACAUUGUCUACACUGGUGCUUCACUUGCCUCUAUAAAAGGGAAUCGCAGGGACCAAACGUUUUAAAGGCCUUGACAUUUUUAUAUUUGACUCCCUACCCUCCAAUCCCCUGUUACAUGUAUUAUUGUACUUCCCACAUCUGAAAGGGAAAUGCCCAGAAAUGAGGGAUAUCUAUAUCACAGAUAUGUCAGUUGGCUUGGAUUAGUGAGGCCUGUCAUGAUGAUUCAAUCUUUAAUAAUGGGAGGAGGCUUUCUAGCUUUUGAAGUAGACCUUAAACCCACUAACCUCACUAAUAGUUAUGGUUUUUAAUGUGACUUAAAGCUGUUCCACAUCUGUCAAUGUUUUAUAAAUCAUAGUUUGAAAUUAUUGUGUAUUUCAAACACAUGACUUGGGGAAAUAAGUCAGUUUUUCCUGCUCUGACUACUGUAGAUCAGAAGCCAUUUGCACAAAUCUCUUAACAACUGCUAUUUUCAGUCUUGAAGUCUUUUCAGCAUUUUAACAAGGCUUUAGAGGUUCUGAUAAAUCAAAGCUGGGGGGGUGCAGUACUGUAGUUGUAUGUUUGCCAAAGAAUUCUCAAUCCGAAGCCUAGACACAUUUUGGAAAGCCAUAAGGAAAUCACGUAACGUUACUCAUACCUUAAUUUUAUUUUUCUCCUACUGAAAUAUAUCCAGAUGUUUAGAUGUGAUUGGGCGGUAUUUGUGAGCCUGAUGUAAAGAGAAUUAAUUUGUUAGAGAUACUUUCAGCUUGAGCCUAGUACCAAAAUUUAGAAUAUAAAAAUCCAGAAAAUUAUUGACAAGAAAUGUAAUAACGUCCAUUGUACUGCUUUAUUUACCCCAAAUUGAAGUUUAAUUUUUCAUGCCCUUUCCAAAAAUGGGGGAUGCAAAAUAUCCGAAACUUAACAUUUUAAAAUGUUUUUUUUAAAAUGUGAGUCUUUUUUAAAGUUCUUUUUAAUUUAAAAAAAAAAUUUCAAAUAAGCUUUUUUUAUCUCUUGGUGUACUUUUUUUAAAAAUUGUAUUCCAAUAACAUGGAUGUUUGCUAGUUUAAGCUUAUUUAACUGUUUGUGAAUGUUAUGAUCUGUAGCAACUUUGACUGUUUUUGAAGUUUGAGAGCUGUUAAGGAUUUCAGAACUUAAUUUCUUAAUUGCAAAAUCAACUAUAAACAGUUUUUUGUCUUUUUAAAGCAUGUUAAUGGGUUUUCAAGAAACAUUUCUUUUAUAUAUGGAUAGUGUAAGCUGUUAUAGUUUUAAUGUUUAAUAGACCAAUGAAGUUCUGCCUGUUUGAAAUUACAAUGAAUUGUUUUACAUGUACAAAGUUUUAGAAAUCUAACUGCGUAAUUUAAUAAAGUUUGUAUUAAAUUUAUUUAGUUCUUUGGCAGAUACGUCUUUAGGGCAUAACUGGUUGAGGGAAAAUUUCAUUUUUAUUAAACGUUUUUCUGUGUUU